UUUGUUUACAUUCCUUCUCCAUGCGAAUUGCAAUGCUUGCAUUUUUCUUUCUGAGUACGUUGAGUUUUUUGUAAACCUUUUACAGUGUUCUAUUUAAUGAGUGUGCGAUCCUCUGAAAUCCGGCUUUAGCUCCUGCUUUACUUGCUGUCCUCACUACUAACAGUCUCUGACUAUCACCGCAACUCAAAUGUCAGCAGGCAAACAGUAUGGCCUCAUCAAGCCAAAGCAAGCCAGCCAGCCUCUCAAAAGACCAUCAGUGUUUGAUGAGGAUAGUGACUCCAAUGAUGCUCCCGAUAUGUCUCAAACAGACUGGAUCAAAAAAUCAUACCAGAAAGAAGCGCAGAAAAAUCAUCAAAAGCGAGCAGUGAAAACACAAUUAGACAAGGCUAUGGAAGAGGACCCCAGUGUAUUCCAGUACGAUGAAGUGUACGAUGAUAUGCAGUCAAAAAAAGUGGAAACCAUUAAAGCGAAGAAAGAUGUUGAAAAAAAGCCAAGGUAUAUUCAAGCAUUGUUGGCACAAGCUGAAAAGCGAAAACGGGAAAACGAGUACCGGAACGAAAGGCUCAUUCAGAAAGAACGAGAGGCUGAAGGGGAAAUGUACAAAGACAAAGAAACAUUUGUCACCUCUGCGUACAGGAAAAAACUGGAAGAAUUUAAGAAAUUGGAUGAAGCAGAAAGAAGACAAGAUAUGCUCGAAGAAAUUGGCGAUGUGACAAAGCAGAAGGAUUUGAGUGGUUUCUAUCGCCACCUCUAUCAAUCAACCGUUUCCAGCAACGACUCCAAAUCUGCCAAAGAUGAAGCUAUUAGUCCGGAAACAAAGAACUCCAGUCGAGUCAGCGGUUCUAAAAGUCCUGAAAUGGAAAAAGAAAUCGAAGAAUCGUUUCCUCUGAGUAAGAACCCAGCUAAGAGUAGACACUAUCGGAAACGAAAAUCCUCGUCCUCCUCUUCAAGUAGCAACGAAGAAGAGGCUAAAAAACGUAACGCUACAAGAAAGAAGACCUCAGGAUCAAAGUCUGCCAACUCAGGGCCUGCAAACCCAGAUGCUGACACUGAUAUAUCGUCAUCGUCCUCAUCAUCUGGCUCUUCGAGCUCCUCCUCCUCAUCAAGCUCCGAGUCCGAUAGUGAAUCGGCAAAAGUUGGCGGAAAGAAGUCAAACGAUGUUCGGCUAACAAGCGGUUCCGAAGAAGGCGAAAUUAUAGAAAGUGAUAAGAAGGCGGAGAAAAAGUCCUCGUCCAAGACAAAUUCUGUUCCAGAUGUAAAGCCGCGAACAAAAUUAGAUAAAACAGAAAAAACAGCUGAGAAUGUUCGCAAAUCAUCUAAGUCUGUCGAGAAGGAAAAUGGAGCAGAAUCUAAUGUUAAAAAAGUAAAUGAUGUGGAUGUUGAGAAUUCGGAGGAUAAAGAAAAUCAAAUGGAAGAAGUUGUUAAAAUUGACAUCUGGGAGAAACGAACUGUGGGCCAAGUCUUUGACGAUGCCUUAAAGCGAUAUUUAGAGCGAAAAGCAGCUCGUCUAGCAAGCCAAAAUGGCUAAAUUUUGUGCGAAUAUGAUCUCUGUAAGCUAAUGUCGACCAUAGCAGUAAUUAUGGGGUAAGGAGGUGAUUUUUUCAUUGACGUGGCGUGUAGUCAUCAUCAUCCAGAGUUUCUUCAUGUAUAAUGGCUUUGAGUUCUCGCUUGCACAAAGUUUACCAGAUUAAACAUUUUAAAUCAUCUAUUGAACUCAUUGACAGCUUCAGUGCAAAUCCAUAAAUCGAUGUCUUUACUAUGAAUCAUUAAAGUUGGAACUGUUCAACUGGUUA